AUGAAAUUUGAAGAUCGAAUAUUGAACAAAUCAAUCCCGGAAUGGAAGUUUUACAAUAUAAAUUACGAACAAUUGAAACUAGUGAUCAAAAAGGUAAUUACUUAUGAUCAUCGCACAUCAAGCGAUUUGGCUUUUGAAAAGUCGUUGAGUCAAUGUACUGUAGCGUUCAAUCACGAAUUUCAAAACGUUAAUUUGUUCAUUUCUAUGAAAAUUAAAGAAAUAUCAACACGUAUUCUUUCUAUUGAAUCCUCGAUAAUUGAUUUUUCAAAAGGCUUGAACAAAAGUUCCAAGAAUCGUUUCAACCUCCGUAAACUGAAAAUUAUCAAUGCCCAUGUUGAUGAUUGUAACUUUGAGUUACAGUUGCUGUCAAGAUUUUUAAUUAUACAAAGGAUUGCCUUAAGAAAGUUGCUCAAAAAACUAUUAAAUGAAUUUCCUCAAAAUAAGGAAAGUUCUUUGACAGCAAGUGAUUAUGUGACAUCAAUUAAAAAUUUAGAUGGCUUAAGAAAUGGACAUGAAGGUAUAUCGUUCAUGAAGCUUGAUUUAGAUCCAUACCUUUUGGAGGUUUCCCUAAUUGUUGAUGUUUUACACGAUUUGGAAAACAAAGUUGAAGAUGCUACUGAACCAAUGAAGGAACUAAGACCCUUGAACGGCUCAAACAAGUCUGUUCACAUAAAUUCAAGCCCAGAAGUUAGUAAUUUCUUUUCACCAGGUUCUCCGAAGUCAAUCCCGUUACUCUCGAAUAAGAAAACUUCAAAAAUGAUUGAUUCUUCGGUAGAAUUUGAUACUGCCCUUAUAGAUAAAGCCGAGACCCUCGGAAGGUUUUUAUUAUCGUCUGAAGAUACUGAGGGAUUGAAGUUUAUGUUGUUAAAUAUUGGCUUCAGGAUAAUAGACGAUGGUAUUAUAUCUACUUCCAGAGAGAUUCUGGAUACUACAGACAUUAUUAAUUCUACAUGCAGUAAGUCUAUAAGAUCAGCAAAAUCAUUCAAUGACUUGCAACAUACUUUGCCGCGAUCUAAACAGAAGAGCAAGCUACCUUCUGCGGUACAACCAAACGAGACGCAUAUUUUUCUCUCCAUACUAGAUACCGAAGUAAACAAACGUAAUCCUCUAUUAGUCACUGAUGAGAAUAUCAAUCAGCAUCCAAAUAUGUUGAUCAGCUCCAGUGCUGAGGAUAAUUGUAUUUUAAUGUGCCAUGUGGGUGGCUUACGAAAUCAUGUUGUCACAAACAGUUUACUUUUAAAGGAUGUCAAGCAUAUUCUUUCAGCCAUGAAAAAAGAUAAUAACACAGAGGAUAUUAACGUCCUUAUAAACUCUCUGAAUCCAUCACCGAUCAAUAGGAUAGCUUUGGAAUGGAUUCAAUCUCAUCAAUUAAAAGCUAUUGAGCCCGAACUGGAUUUUAAAAGAACAAGAUUUAUAUCGGCAGAAAACGGAAAUAUAUACCUAAUAGCCCUAGAUGAAUCAAUCACCAUGGGGAAUAUAUCCACUUUACCUUUUCCGAUUCUAGAAGUCAAAAAGGUUAGUCGAUCAGACAGUCUUUCACAAAAGGCCAUUAAUGAUGACAACAAGUUUAAACAAUUAAUGAAGUCGUUUGUUACAAAUGAGUUUCAAUGCAGUCUGAUACCCCCUGAUUUAACUACAUGGAAGAUUUGUUUAGAACUAGUACAUUCAAAUGAAUUGCGAAAUGAUUUAUUUCAACUUUUACUAAGAGACCAAUAUAAACUGAGUUCUGAUGAUUCUUUGUCACCUGACGAAUUCUUUCAGCUGGGUAAGGAUCAUUUAGAGGAAGAGUUUGACUUAACUGCACCAAUAAUCACUUCUCAAGAAAGUGUUGGCAGCGAUACAAAAGUCCGGAUUAACAAAAAAGGAAAGCAGCCAGUUAAAGAAAGUAAAAAGAAACCCAUAAGGUAUUGGAACGAGUUUGACGAACAAGAAGAGGAUAAUUUAGAUAACAACUUUUACGUUGAUUUAAAUGGAAGCAAUAAUACAACAGAUAAUGAAGAUUCUCUACUUUUAAGGAAUUCUCCAGCCGACUAUGGGUUUAUUUUGUUUAGUAGGAACUUUAUUAACCGCACGUAUGAUUUUUGCGAAAAGCUACGAAGUUUAAUCAGUCAUGGCAACAAAACUUUGCCAACUGCGUUUCACAACUCCAAACACCCCCCUUAUUCCGUGAACUAUAAUUCUAUGGCUUCAUUUAGUUCACAAUCAACCUCGGCAUCAUAUGAUGACGUUCAAAGAUACUUACAAUACCAGCAGCAAGAUAUAGAGGAGUCACAGUCUAUUUAUGAAUAUAGACAUGAUGAAGUAGUUGCAUUUUUAUAUUUGUCUGCGUUACUGACAUCUUGUAUCAUGGCAAGUGUAUGUCUUGGGAUAGUUUUGUCUUUGUUUCGUGGGAAAAAUAACAAUGAGAUAGAUUUGGAAGUUCAAAAUAUUCUCAUAGCCAUUAUUAUUAUUUCCUUACUAGUUUCGCUCAUUUUGAUCUGCGCCUGCUUGUUGUUAUUGUUUAGCAGAUUCACAUUGGCGCCAAUUUGGCAUUAUGUCGGUUGUUUCAUUAUGUUUUUCUCGGUUACUGGGACUGUAUGCUACGGCAUGGUUGAGAUUUUUUUCUAA